ACAAAUCACGAUCAUUAAACGCAUUUGUUUACAAAAUGACCAGCACUAGAAAUCCAACAUGCAUUCUUGUUUUAAGUGGGAAAAGAAAAUCUGGGAAAGAUUAUUUAGCUGACUUGCUAUUAAAAAGCUUAUCAGAUGCAACCCAAAACCAUCCAGGAGCUUGGAGUCAUGUUGGCAAUGGCCGAAAUACCCGUUAGAACGAUCAAAAACCUAAUAGGGAGAAUGAGAAGGCGCAGCCAAGCUGUCAUUGAUAGUCACGGGUCACAAACACUGCUUGGUUAUGAAAGCUGUCAGGUAUUACGAUUGUCAGGCCCAUUGAAGAAACAAUAUGCAGAGGAAAAAGGAUUAGAUUAUAAAGAACUCCUUAAUUCGUCAAAAUAUAAAGAAAGUUACCGAGCUCACAUGAUCAAAUGGGGUGAGGAUAAACGUAACUUGGAGUCAUACUUCUUCUGCAGGAAAACAGUAGAGGCAGCGGACAUUUUAAAACCUUUAUGGAUUAUUUCGGAUGCAAGAAGGAAAACUGACAUUAAUUUCUUCAGAGAACAUUAUCCUGAUGUUGUAACGUUUGUUAGAAUAGAAGCAUCUGAGAGUGUGAGACAACAAAGAGGAUUUGUCUUCACAAAAGGUGUGGAUGAUGCAGAGUCUGAAUGUGGACUGGACACAGGUAUUGACUGGGAUAUUGUGAUUCAAAAUGAUAAUGAUGAACAGGUGUUUAAUACACAGGUUGAACAAAUAGAGAAACAUGUCAAUAAAAUGAUGAAUAGAUGACGGACUUCAAUGGGAUUAACAUAGUAACAGUAGCAGUAAUGUGAUCAAGAUUAAGAUAGACUCUGUCUUACAGGAACAGGAAAUAAAACCAUAUUAACCAGGGAUUGUGAAAAAAUAAAGUGAAAAAAUAGUGAAAUAAUAGUGAAAAAAUAAAGAUUGAAGUCGGGUAUGAAUUAAAUCCUAGAUCAUAAUACUUAUAUGCCCCAUGUUUUUGUGAGAAAAGAAUAUCUUUUAAUGUUGUUGUAUUUUUAUACCCCCAAAAACGAAGUUUGGGGGGGGGUAUAUAGGAGUCACCCGGUGGUCGGUCGGUCGGUCCAGACGUCCCUUGCAUUUUCCUUGUCCAGACCAUAACUUGAAGACUAAUGGUUGGAAUUCAAUAUAACUACAUACAAUGGUCAAGCACAUUGAGAGGAAGUGCAGUGCACAAGAACCAUAACUCUAUCUUGACUAAUUACAGAGUUAUUGCCCUUUGUUACUUUUCCUUGUCCAGGGCAUAACUUGAAAACUACUGGUUGGAAUUCAAAACAACUUCAUACAAUUGUCAAACACAAUAAGGGGAAGUGCAGUUCACAAGAACCAUAACUCUAUCUAAAGUAAUUACAGAGUAAUUGCCCUUUGUUACUUUUCCAUUGCUUUCUUUUGUCCGGACCAUAACUUGAAGACUUAUUGUUGGAAUUCAUUAUAACUUCAUACAAUGGUCAAGCACAUUGAGAGAAAGUGCAGUGCACAAGAACCAUAACUCCAUCUUGACUAAUUACAGAGUUACUGCACUUUGUUACUAUCCAUUGCUUUUUUUUGUCCGGAGCAUAACUUGAAGACUAAUGGUUGGAAUUCAAUAUAACUUCAUACAAUGGUCAAGCACAUUGAGAGGAAGUGCAGUGCACAAGAACCAUAACUCCAUCUUGACAAAUUACAGAGUUAUUGCCCUUUUUUAGCUCGACUAUUCGAAGAAUAUGAGAGCUAUUGUAGUCGCCCCGGCGUCAGCGUCCGCGUCGGCGUCUGCGUUGGUUAAAGUUUUUUGUAAAGUCAAAUAUCUCAAUUAUUACUUGAGAUAUUCAAUUGAAACUUACAAUACUUAUUUAUAGUAACAAGGUACAUCAGAUUGACAAGUUGGAUAACUCUGCCUACAAUAUUGACAGAAUUAUGCCCCUUUUUAACUUAGAAAUUUUGGUUAAAGUUUUUUGUAAAGUCAAAUAUCUCAAUUAUUGCUUGAGAUAUUCAAUUGAAACUUACAAUACUUAUUUAUAGUAACAAGGUACAUCAGAUUGACAAGUUGGAUAACUCUGCCUACAAUAUUGACAGAAUAAUGCCCCUUUUUAAACUUAGACAUUUUGGUUAAAGUUUUUUGUAAAGUUAAAUAUCUCAAUUAUUGCUUGAGAUAUUCAAUUGAAACUUACAAUACUUAUUUAUAGUAACAAUGUACAUCAGAUUGACAAGUUGGAUAACUCUGCCUACCAUAUUGACAGAAUUAUGCCCCCUUUGGAACUUAGAAAUUUUGGUUAAAGUUUUUUUGUAAAGUCAAAUAUCUCAAUUAUUGCUUGAGAUAUUCAAUUGAAAUUUAAAAUACUUAUUUAUAGUAACAAUGUACAUCAGUUUGCAAAAUUGCAUAACUCUGUCUGCAAUAUUUGCAGAAUUAUUUGCCCCUUUGAAACUUAGAAAUUUUGGUUAAAGGUUAACGGUCUUCAAAGAUAUUUUCUUGAAACUUUACACAUGCACUUAGGGUCAUAAUUGGAGGGUCAUAAUUGUAUGUCACUGACCAAGUUCCAUAACUCUAUCUUGCAUUAAGGCUGAUUCAUAUCCCCUUUUCUACUUAGUCUCUUGGUUAAUGUUUACAUGCAAGUUUUACAUAUCUCAAUAACUAUUAAAGAUAUUUAUCUAAAACUUCACAUAUGCAUUUAGGGUCAUAAUUGUAGGUCACUGACAAAGAUCCAUAAUUCAAUCUUGCAUUUAGGCUGAUUUUUCUCCCCUUUUUCAACUUAGAAAUUCAUGGUAAAGUUUUGCUUGUAAGCUGUUAUCUCAAUAACUACUGAAGGGUUUGUGCCUUUUUUGGGACAAUUUUAUGCAUUCAUAAUAAUAAAGCAGUGAUUUACUUGAUAAAACAUCUUAAUAACAAGCCUUUGUACCUUUUCUGUCAAAUUUAUGUAUUCAUAGGUAAUUAGUAUUAUUAUACUCAAUAAAAAAAACCUUGUGACAUUACCUUCCGAAUAGUCAAGCCAAUUCUGUAUAAUUAGACUCUCUGUAAGGCCUAUAACAUGAAUUUAUAAAAAAAAAAUUAGCCCUUUUGUGAACUUAUAAAAUUUAACAAUAUCAAGGCUCUUUUACUAUCAAGCACUUAGAAUAGUCGAGCGUGCUGUCCUACAGACAGCUCUUGUUACUUUUCCUUGUCCAGAGCAAAACUUGAAAACUACUGUUUAGAAUUCAAUACAACUUCAUACAGUUGUCAAGGACAUUAAAAGGAAGUGCAGUGCAUAAGAGCCAUAACUUAAUUUUGACAAAAUACAGAGUUACUGCCCUUUGAUACUUUUCCUUGUCUGGAGCAUAACUAACGUACUGGUUGAAAUUCAAAACAACUUCAUACAAUGGUCAAGCACAAAAAGAGUAAGUGCAGUGCACAAGAACUAUAACUCCAUCUUCAGUAUUUAUAGAGUUAUUGCCCUUUGUUCCUUUUUCUUUGUCUUUCUGGACUUAUUACAGAGUAAUUCAAUAAAACUUCAUCAAUGGCCAACCACAUUGAGAGGAAUUGCAACAUACAAGAACCACAACUAUCUUUAAUUGCCCUCAACCAUAACUCUAUAUUUCUAUUCUUGUACAAGAUAUUCUGUUACUAGUAACAUCCUCAUUUCCGAAGCGGUCUUGUGGGGGUAUUAAUCACAUUUAGUGAUAGUUCUAGUUUAUUUUAUUUUUUGUUACGCAUUUAGUGGGGGUAUUAAUCACAUUUAGUGAUAGUUCUAGUUUAUUUUAUUUUUUGUUACGCAUUUUCACAUGGUCUUGUCACAUUGUUGUCGGGUUGUUGGUCCAUCCCUUCAGCAAUUAAGGUAUAUCACAGGUGGCCAAUGGGAAAAAGUGAUGGUUCCAACAGAACACCAUAAAUUGUUGAAGGGAAAAUGAUAAUAAACCAUUCACAUUUCAAAACAAUGGUUUUCCAGGUUAUAUAACAGUUAAAUAUUGUAUGAUGUAAAUGUGGAAUGUAUUGUUAUUGAGUUAAAUUGACAUAGCUUAUAAAAUAAAAACAUUAAAAA